GAUCCUUGAGUGCUGGCGCACAACUACGGCAGACUACAGGCUGUACUUUCCGACUUGUGCUGUGUGAGUUAAGCAGCAGCGGAGGGUCUACCUGAGGAGACUCAAAAAUAGCCCUCAAAGGCGAUUAGGUAUGACGGAUACUGACGGAGGGGCUCCGCGGGAGGACUGUACGUAGAGAUGAGGAUUCCUCCGGUGUGGGCGCUGGGCGCUUGCCAGACUGGGUGAAGUGAGAAGUGAGAGGGAAACCUGCUGCGAACAAACCCACCGCCUGGGACUGCUGAGGAGGACCUCUGUGCAGGUUCACACGGCCGUCGGCAGCGUGGAGCUUCCUGACCCAUGGAGAAUUACUUCCAGGCCGAGGCCUUCAACCUGGACAAGGUGCUGGACGAGUUUGAGCAGAACGAAGAUGAGACCGACAAUCCCAUUCUCUCGGAUGCCAAGUGGACCCAGAUCCUGGCCCCGCCGGCCCACCUGCUCUCUCUGAACCCCGCCCUGGCCCACGCAGACCUCAGUCCCGGGGAGAGUCCGCUGCCCUUCAAAACCCUCCCCAACUCCUCCAGCACCUCCCCGGGGGGAGACUUAAAGAGACUUCCAGGUCUAGAACCUCCAUCCUGGGUAGAGGAGAGGCCGGCAGACGUCCACAGCCCUCCCCUCCCCCAGCCCAACAUCGGCAAACUGGUGGGCACCGACGACCUCUCGCCGCCCCCUGUGACGGCCUGCCCUGCUGUGGAGAAUGGCUGCCCUGCAAGCCCAACACUGGGGGGGCUCAGCAAGAAGAUACAUUCUCCUUCAGACAGACCUCCUGGGGAUUCUGAUCAGGAAUCGCAUCAGGAGGAAAGAGCCGACUCGGCAUCAGGAGGAGGCUCCACCGUCGGUCACACUCACUUCACCUUUGAGGUUGGAUUAGAAAAAGAAACUCUGGCACUGAGAAUAAAUACAAAUGUGCAACCAACAACACACAAUGGGGAAGAUGUCAAACAGGAGGCCGGUACAGCUGUCUUACAGGACAAUGGUCAUGAAAAACAGACUGCUAACUUCAAACAGCAGCAUGUAGAGAGUCUCCUGCAUAGGGAACAAGACAUUCGUAGUGAUUGUAAGGUGGAGGAGAAUGGUGUAUCUCCUCCUGACAGGAACGGACUGGAUAUAAAGCAGAGGAGAUGUGGUCCAAAGGGACAGAUGGACCAACUCCUCAGAAUACCAAGCCUUCCCAAUGGUUUAGAGCAGGAGAGCAGUAACCAUUCCACAGAGGAGACGGAGGAGGAGCAGGAGGAGGGUUUUUCUCCCUCUCCUGUCCCCUCCAAAGAGGACUCUGUCACUGAGGAGAAAGAAAUGGAGGAAAGCAAGCAGGAGAGCAGUGAGGGAGUAGCAGUGGGGUCAGGUAGCAUCCAACCAAAACUCAACAAUCGCCUGCAGCCGGUCAGUGUCCCCUUCGGAGGAGCGCGACCGAAACAGCCGGUCAACCUCAAGCUCCAAAUCCCACAGCCUCUGUCGGGCCAGGUCCAGAAUCAGCUCGCCAACAGCAGGAACAAAAACCAUGACAACCAGUGUCGGAGAGGCACGCCCUCUGAAACCACGCCCAGUGGGACUGAGCCCAGUUUAGUGGGGGUGAACGGAGAGGGUGUGGUCCACUCUCCUGCCUCGAUGCCCUCGGAGAGCCCGGACAAUGACCUCCAGGCCGGCCAGCAGGGCUCUCUGAGCAGGAAACCCUCCAGCUGCCUGGGUGAGGUGGCCCCUGUGUGGGUCCCUGACUCCCAGGCUCCUGUCUGCAUGAAAUGUGAUGUCAAGUUCACCUUCACCAAGAGGAGGCACCACUGCAGGGCCUGCGGCAAGGUGUUCUGUGCGGCGUGCUGCAGCCUGAAGUGCAGGCUCAUGUACAUGGACAGGAAGGAGGCUCGCGUCUGUGUCACCUGUCAUUCUGCUCUGACCAGUGCUCCAUCUUGGGAGACGCUGGCCGCUGCAACCAACCACAGUCCGAACCCCAACAACCCGUCGGAGUACUGCUCCACAAUCCCCCCCCUGCAGCAGGCCCAGGCUUCGGGGGCCCUCAGCUCCCCCCCGCCUACCGUCAUGGUGCCUGUGGGAGUCCUGAAACCAGCUGGCAACGAGGGCACCCUGACACGGGAGCAAAGGAGGGUGUGGUUCGCUGAUGGACUGCUACCUAACGGAGACGCAUCGGAGUCCCCAAAACCUGCAUCAUCCAGUCCGGCCCCCUCCCACUCAAUGGCCAUAUCAACGUACUCAAACAAAUCCUGCACUGCUGAACACUCCGAGGCCUCUCACACCCCUGUGGCCCCGGUGGGCAGCCCCGUGGGCAGCUCGUUCAGCCUGAUCCCGGAGGACGGGCUCCCUCCCAUCCUCAUCUCCACCGGAGUCAAAGGAGGUACGGGAGGCCACAUCACAGACUAUGCAGUGGAGGAGAGGCCUUCAGAGAUCGUCCUCAUGCAGCAGCUGGAGGAGGGAGGCCCCGACCCCCUGGUCUUCGUGCUCAACGCGAACCUGCUCGCCAUGGUCAAGCUAGUCAACUAUGUAAACAGGAAGUGCUGGUACGUGACGACGAAGGGCAUGCACGCCGUCGGCCAGGCAGAGGUGGUCAUUCUGCUCCAGUGUCUCCCUGACGAGAAGACUAUCCCCAAAGAUAUCUUCACACACUUUGUGCAGCUCUACCAGGAGGCCCUCAGUGGCAACGUGCUGAGCCACCUGAGUCACUCGUUCUUCACGCAGAGCUUCCUGGGCAGUAAGGAGCACGGGGGCUUCCUGUACAUCAGCCCCUCCUUCCAGUCGCUGCAGGACCUGCUGCUGCCCAACCCGCCCUACCUCUUCGGCCUCCUCAUCCAGAAGUGGGAGACGCCCUGGGCCAAAGUCUUCCCCAUCCGCCUCAUGUUGCGGCUGGGCGCAGAGUACCGCUUCUACCCCUGUCCGCUGUUCAGUGUGCGCUUCAGAAAGCCGCUCUUCGGAGAGACCGGUCACACUAUCAUGAAUCUGCUCGCAGACUUCCGUAACUACCAGUACACGCUGCCGGUGGUGAAAGGUCUGGUUGUGGACAUGGAGGUGAGGAAGACGAGCAUUAAGGUCCCCAGUAACCGUUACAAUGAGCUGAUGAAAGCCAUGAAUAAGUCCAACGAGCACGUGCUGGCCAUGGGGGCGUGUUUCAACGACCGGGCCGACUCUCACCUGGUGUGUGUCCAGAACGAUGACGGGAACUACCAGACGCAGGCCAUCAGCAUCCAUCACCAGCCCCGCAAAGUUACUGGAGCCUGCUUCUUUGUGUUCAGCGGUGCUUUGAAAGCCUCGUCUGGCUUCUUAGCCAAAACCAGCAUUGUUGAAGACGGUGUAAUGAUCCAGAUCACAGCGGAGACCAUGGACUCUCUACGGCAAGCCCUGAGGGACAUGAAGGACUUCAGCAUCACCUGUGGGAAAGCAGACCAGGAGGAGAACCAGGAGCUCGUCCACAUCCAGUGGACAGAGGACGACCACAACUUUAACAAGGGUGUCAUCAGUCCGAUCGAUGGGAAGUCCAUGGAGUCCAUCACCAGCGUCAAGAUUUUCCACGGCUCCGAGUUCAAGGCCAACGGAAAAGUCAUCCGCUGGACAGAGGUGUUCUUCCUCCAGAGCGAGGACCAGCCCAGCGGUCUGAGCGACCCGGCGGAUCACAGCCGGCUGACGGAGAACGUGGCGAGGGCGUUCUGCGUGGCGCUGUGUCCCCACCUGAAGCUGCUGAAGGAGGACGGCAUGGCCAAGCUGGGCCUGAGGGUCACGCUGGACUCAGACCAGGUGGGUUACCUGGCGGGCAGUAACGGGCAGCCCCUCCUCCCUCAGUACCUGAGCGACCUGGACAGCGCUCUGAUACCCGUCAUCCACAGCGGGGCCUGCCAGCUGAGCGAGGGCCCCGUCGUCAUGGAGCUCGUCUUCUACAUCCUGGAGAUCGUCUCGUAGGAGCCUCCGAACCCCGUUUGUUUUCUGACGUCACCCCUCCCCCCUCCAGCCGUUUGACCUUCACCAGAGACUGAGGCGGGUCGCAGCAUCUCGUCAAAACUAUGCAUCGAGUAGCCGGGUUCCUGAUGAUCACAUGACCCUCAGCUGACAGAAACCCUGACCCCUGCUGGUCCUGUGAGGCGCUGCGAGCAGGACACACACACACCUGAGGUCAGACUGUCGAUCAGUGUGUGUCACAGCGCCGUGAAGAGUAUCAACUGCCUGGAAGGAUUUAUUGUAUUUACAUCAUUAUAUUUUACACUAAUUAACAGAAAAAUAGGAUUAGUCGGAACUCUACUAAAUCUAUGACUUCAUUUAAUCAUCCGACCUUAUUUAUGAUUUACUCUGGCAGUCGAUUAGAGAAGCAAUACCAUUACUAAACGUAAUAUGCAAAUGGGCUUUUCUUUACAAUAUAAUAAUAACAUCCUCAUUAAAUGGUUGUUUUCUGUUGAUCAGUGUAAAAACUAAAGCCACUUUGUGCUCUGGAGUAAAACAAUGAUUUCCAGGGAGGGUGGAUACUUUACAGGCUGUGUCUGUAGCUCAUCGUCACGGUAACGCCACUGUGGCAGCCGGCGCUCCUGAAGCUCUGUGUAGCACGGAGACUCGUGUCCACUGCUGAAAGAAGUCCGGACUAUUCCUUUUUGCAGCAACGUUAACAAAAAGGAACUCUUUAAAUCAUCCGAUGAGGAGUUUUUCUGUGUGGUGAUUGAAUUUGUCGCACCGUGGUGCUCAGUGCCUGCAGCAGCGAUCCAUCAAACAGAAGAGACAUUUAGCUUCACCUCCUUAAGCUUUAUCAUCAAACACCAGAGGCUUUACUUCAUGUACCUGUUGUUAACCUUUUUGUAAGCGGCAUCUGUAGCCUCCAGAGAUGAAGACGGUGUUACUGAAGCAACAGAAAGCCCUUUGGUCCAACAGCAGAUGAAAGGAAUUGAAAAAAGCUUUAUUGACAAACUGGAUCUGAACAUAAAGCUCAUCAUCAGUGCUCGUUGUGUGUCCUCCACUCAAGUUAUUUCAAGGAGAAUAACUGUUGAAGAUGUAAAGAUAUAUAAAUAAAUAUAUAUAUAAGAACUGUAUUAAUUUGCAGAAGCAGUGCACUGGAUUCUAAGCCAUUAACAGGAGAGUGAGAGCGAGCUGCCGUUGUGUCCUGAAAGACGUUUUUAUUUUCCAACGGCAGAAGAGACGAGUGUUAUUGAAGAUCCUGCAGAAACAAAGAGUUGGAUUGGACCUGAAUCUGAAUGUAUCAUCCUUCCAAAGUCAUGAACAUCCCACUAAAGACUUUUCCAAACGUUUCGUAGGAACCGUGCGGAUUUGAGUUCCUGUGCGUCUUCACACAGAUCUGCUCUGGACUGCGCUCUCCUGCAGCUUCAUGGACCUGGAACUAUUAAAGAAUGUAUUCCUCCUGUUUCUGUUACAAAUCUGCAAUGUGUUUUGUUUCUGGCUAGACUAAUCACCAAAAACCACCCUGUCGUGUCCAAAUGCUCUGUACAGCGUAUCUAUCAUUCUGCAUUAUGGCAAUUCCUCCUGCUUUUACAUUAGCUUGAUUCAAAACCGAAGGGGCUACACAAAAGAAUACUGCUUGGUAACACAGAAAGGGUUUUUUAAAGCAAAAACUCGUCGUCAUAAGUGAGGAUCAGACAAUCACGUGGAAAUCUGCAGACGAGCCUUCUGAGUUAGACCCGUAGCAUUUAGUUUAUUUCUCAAUCUGAAGUAUUUUAGGAUCUCGUGUAGCAGAGUAACGCUAGGUCAUCAGUUCUGGGUUUAUUACUGUGAUCAAACCAGAGCGUCUCGAUCACUGUGUGACGUUCAUCUGGAGUUUUUCUGUUGUUUUUCUGACGCGUGCAAUAUGUCCUGAAUCCAAAAGAAAAAAGGUGCAAUUUGUUUGACUGAAAAAGUAGCAUUUUGUUUUUUUUAUUCAGUUACACUCCUAAAUUAUAACACUGCAUGCAAACCAGCUUGAAACGGUGAAGAGAAAGUCAACUUUGCAUUUUGACAGUUAUAUCUUUUUAGUUUGGAUUAAAUCAAAAGAUAAAUCCAUUCGUUCAUAAACCGGGUUUUGGUAUCCAGUUUUUAAUAAACAUACGUCAAAUGUUUAAAAAGCCAAAAACCCUGUGCAUCUUGUUUCCUUUACACUACAAAUGUCAAGAAAAGUGGUCUUUAUGAAAAACUGUAGUAUAUGUAAAAUAAAUACUUAUAGAAAAUUGAAAUA